CUGGCGACAAUCAGUGGACAAGGGGAUCCCACUGAUGACCAUAGGAAACAAGUUUUACCCAUCUUUACCCAUUGGGGCCAUGCCCAUCGCAGGGUUUUCCACGUAUCAAUCCGGGGUGGUUCAGCGAAUUUUCGCUGAUUCAAUUCAAAAUCCCAUGGCGCCAAGAAGGAGUUCAACAGGUCGAGGCCUUUCAUUGAUGGUGCUUUCAGCUGUCAUUGCCCUCUUUGGAAGAGGUUGGACCUACACAGCUCCCAUGGGAGGUGGCCUCACAAGGAAGCAAAAACAUGGAAGCAUCCAAAACAAGGACAAACUGGAGGGUGUCUACGAAGUGCAGGACGAGGAGGAAGAGCCUGAAAUGCUGGAGAAGCCACCGAUGCCCGAAAGACGUGUGCCGUACUCUAUGCACAUCGUGACCCAGCUGCCUCAGCACAAGCACCUCCAUGAAGAGAGCAAUGCCAGGCACUACAUCGAAGAGAAACUGGUUCUGUCUCUUGAGAAUUUCGAGGACCUCAUCAGGCACGUGGAGGUGAAUCUGCAAGUUUCGGAGAACUUCCACCGUGAGAAGCGACCUGAGAAGGCCAAGGCCAAAGGUGACCUCGCGGAGAUCGCGGAGGAUGAUGUCCUGCCCGUGGCACCGGAGGGGGCUGCCGGACACAAGAUGCUGACGCCCUACAUCUUCAAGGCCACAGUCACUUUGACCAACCACCACAAGGUGACUUUGUCCAACCCUGAGAAGCAUGCGCAGCCCACCCUAACGGAGGCAGUGGAUCAUAUGGUGGACGUGCUGCGAAAGUCCCUGCGGGAGGAGAAGAACAGGAUGAUCGCGUCCAGGAGGAAGGCAGCCGAGAAGGCUCUCCCAGAUGAGAUCGACGACGACAUCGACAGCUUCAACAAGGAGAUGGCAGAUGGAUUGGUCGAGGCCGAAGCCAGCGCAAAAGAUGCGGCUGAGGAAGCCAUGUAUCAGCGAAUCGAAGCCUCCCAGAAGUAGGUACAGCGGAAGCUUGUCGCGAACUUCGCUGGCAGCCAACGACUUUGCUUGAACGUUCAGGCAACGGUGGUUCAUUGUGUCGCCGUACUCGGCAGGAUUUGAAUGUUUAAAGUGGUCAAUCCGUGUCAAUCCCAACAGCGGUGGCUGACAAUUCCAAGUUUCAGUCGGCCCCGGAACGGAUCCAUGCAAAAGGUCAUGUUUCCAUUGCCCUCAGUCAGGGCUAUCAUUUUAUGAAGUUGAGCUGGGUUGGCCAGCGGCCAGCGAAAGCACUGGCGGUAAUUCAGGGCCUACUUGGGUGGUACAAAUAGUAGUUGAUUCCAAAAAGUGAAGCUGAGUUAGACUGCAGAAGUGCCCCUGAACAUGCCUUGAGAAGAUAUGAUAAGAUACCAGCUGUUUCUCUGUGCUUCAGGAUGUGUGGAACUGCAGGUUAAAACUUUGCAAAACGGAAGCCUUCAGGAUCU